UUUUUUUUUUUUUAUUUAUUUUUUUAUUCUGUUUUAUUUUAUUUUUUUACAUAAUGUUAUACAACAAUUCCGCUACAACUUUACACCAUUUUGAUUCAGUAAAAUGGAAGAGAAGAUUUUUUAAUUUAUCGCAUAAGCUCCAUCGCUCAAAUAAUAGUCACUGGAAUGCAGCUUCAUCAGCCACAGCCAUGGCUGCAGCAACAGAGAAAUAUAUUAGACAUAAGAAAAAUUCACCUACGGAAGCUUCUGAAAUUGUAAUUCAUUCAGAGGAUUUAACCGCGAGUCAGUUUGCAAAUUUGACAGGAAUUAAAACAAAGAAAAACCCAGUGUAUUACUCUUCAUCAUCAGCUGGUGAUAUGUACGUAGAAGAAGAAGAUUCGGAUGAAGAAGAUGACGAAGAUUCCCGUGAUUUCUAUACUGCAAGCGUAUCUUCAUCUCAUAAACAAAAUAAUCAGCCGGCAAUGAAAAUUUGGGAUUCCCAUUUUUGGCAAGAUAACAAUCAACGUAAAAGUUUACCCUCAAUUCCAUUGAACACAUCCGUUUCCAUGAAUGAAAUUGCCUCCGAAAAAUUAUGCUCACAGCCAUUAAGUAGACAUAUCUCAGAACCUGGGGGUGCUAGAGUUCCCAGUAUGAUCCAAAAAGGCAGAUUUAAAAUUGUUUGGGGAGGCGACGACAAUGAACCAAUUGUCAGACCAGAAUCUCAUUGUGUAGAGUGGAAGCGAAAAAGAGCAAGCAGUAAUAGCAGUGCCGUUACUACUGCUAUUUGAAGAACACAAACAAAUAAUCGAAAAUCUCUAUAUACCAAAAACACACAAAACAAACAAAGCAAACAAUACCCACACUCUUUACAUGUACACACACACACGCUCAUUGUAUCAGGCGCUUGCUUAUUUACAUAAUUUAUACCAGCAUAACAACUUACAACCAAACAAGUGACCUUUUAUUUAUACCCCACUACAUUGUUACCACAACGAAUAUCACCUUACAUGUAUACUUCUUUUUUUUUUCUCUUUUUUUCUUUCAUUAUGAUUUAUAUGAUUAUUAUUACUACUACUAUACUAUGACAUAUGAAGCAAAUCACAAAAAAAAAA